AUGUGGAUUAUUCCAGGCCCAGGGAGCCUACGUCUCUGCAAGAGACCGUUGGUCCUUCGAGGGCUUGUCUUCAGGUCAUAUGCUACCAAGACCUCCGAUCCGCUCCGCAUUCUCUUUUGCGGCUCUGAUGAAUUUAGUAUCGCCCACUUGAAAGCUCUCCAUGCUUAUCAUUUGAAACAGCCGGAGCGUAUUUCUUCUAUUGAUGUCGUGUGUAGACCUGGAAAGAGAGUUGGAAGAGGACUGAAGCAAAUUCGGGAAGUUCCGCUCAAAGCGGCCGCAUCUGCUCUCUCCCUUCCGAUCCAUGAGAUUGAUACCUUCACUGGAUGGACGCCGCCAACCUCCCCGAACGGUCACAUAAACUUGGUGAUUGCUGUGUCAUUUGGACUUUUUGUUCCGCCGCGCAUAUUGAAUGGUGCCAAGUAUGGAGGCUUGAAUGUGCACCCCUCGUUACUACCAAACUUCCGUGGUCCUGCACCGCUUCAUCAUACUCUUCUCGCCGGCGAGACCACCACUGGCGUGACGGUUCAGACCUUGCACUCAAAACACUUUGAUCACGGAGUGAUAUUAUCACAGACACCGCCUCCCGGGUUCGUCAUCCCCAAUCCAGAGUCCUGCACCGUUCCCGAGUUGGUGGACUUCGUUGCACCUAAAGGCGCACAAAUGCUCGUGGAAAGCAUUGAAAAGGGACUAUUCGUCCCUCCCAUUGCAGAUUCCGGUGCUGAACAGACCGGAAAGUUGAAACACGCUCCCAAAAUCACACCAGAGGACCGGCACAUCAACUGGGCAAACUGGACCUUGGCAGAUAUCAACAGACGUAACCGAGUGAUUGGACCUCUCUGGAGCAAGGCCCUCUGUGCAAGCAAUCCUGUAGAUGGACCUCUGUCAUUCCAACAGAAACGAGUCAUUCUCACAGAUAUCGAGGAGGUUGACCCGCCCAAGGGAUGCGAUUCGUUCUCAAUCCUCCCAGGUCUGCCGUUUACAAAUGCUCCCCACCCUGUCGAGCCAAAGAAGACACGGCAGUUAUACGUUUUUACUGCUAAUGGCAAGGUUCUGCGCAUCAACCGAAUGAAAGUGGAAGGCGAACAAGAUGCAGAGGGUCUGCGGGCUGCUAUCAAGGCUCGCAUGUUCGGUGAUCGAGCAUUCCAAUAUGAAGGCCGGGAGUUGACUCCUUUCCGCAACUCUCUUGUAUAA